GGGCUCCUCGUGUCCCGCCUCGCCAGGCAUCCUCCUCUGGGUGCGGGCGCUUGUGCACCAUGGCCCUCGGCCGGACCGGGGCCGGCGCCGCUGUGCGCGCCCGCCUGGCGCUGGGCUUGGCGCUUGCGAGCAUCCUGAGCGGACCCCCUGCUGCCGCCUGCCCCACCAAGUGUACCUGCUCCGCCGCUAGCGUGGACUGCCACGGGCUGGGCCUGCGCGCCGUUCCUCGGGGCAUCCCCCGCAACGCAGAGCGCCUUGACCUGGACAGAAAUAACAUCACCAGGAUCACCAAAAUGGACUUCGCUGGCCUGAAGAAUCUUCGAGUCUUGCAUCUGGAAGACAAUCAAGUCAGCAUCAUCGAGAGAGGCGCCUUCCAGGAUCUGAAGCAGCUGGAGAGAUUACGUCUGAACAAGAACAAGCUCCAGGUCCUCCCAGAACUGCUUUUCCAGAGCACCCCGAAGCUCACCAGACUAGAUCUGAGCGAAAACCAGAUCCAGGGCAUCCCGAGGAAGGCGUUCAGAGGCGUCACAGGCGUGAAGAACCUGCAACUGGACAAUAACCACAUCAGCUGCAUUGAAGAUGGAGCCUUCCGAGCGCUGCGCGAUUUGGAGAUCCUCACCCUCAACAAUAACAACAUCAGCCGCAUCCUGGUCACCAGCUUCAACCACAUGCCGAAGAUCCGGACUCUGCGUCUACACUCCAACCACCUGUACUGUGACUGUCAUUUGGCCUGGCUCUCAGAUUGGCUGCGACAACGGCGGACCAUUGGCCAGUUCACCCUCUGCAUGGCACCUGUGCACCUGAGAGGCUUCAGUGUAGCAGAUGUGCAGAAGAAAGAGUAUGUGUGUCCAGGUCCCCACUCGGAGGCUCCAGCCUGCAAUGCCAACUCCCUCUCCUGCCCUUCCGCUUGCUCAUGCAGUAAUAACAUUGUGGACUGCCGAGGGAAAGGACUGACAGAGAUCCCUGCCAACCUGCCAGAGGGCAUCGUGGAAAUACGCCUAGAACAGAACUCCAUCAAAUCCAUUCCUGCAGGAGCCUUCACCCAGUACAAAAAACUGAAGCGAAUAGACAUCAGCAAGAAUCAGAUAUCGGACAUCGCUCCAGAUGCCUUCCAGGGCCUGAAAUCACUCACGUCGCUGGUACUCUAUGGGAACAAGAUCACAGAGAUUCCCAAAGGACUGUUUGACGGGCUGGUGUCCCUGCAGCUGCUCCUCCUCAAUGCUAACAAGAUCAACUGUCUGCGGGUGAACACCUUCCAGGACCUACAGAACCUCAAUCUGCUCUCUCUGUAUGACAACAAGUUGCAGACUAUCAGCAAAGGGCUCUUCGUUCCACUGCAGUCCAUCCAGACCCUCCACUUAGCUCAAAACCCAUUUGUUUGCGACUGCCACUUGAAGUGGUUGGCUGACUACCUCCAGGACAACCCUAUUGAGACAAGCGGGGCCCGCUGCAGCAGCCCACGCCGGCUGGCCAACAAGCGUAUCAGCCAGAUCAAAAGCAAGAAGUUCCGCUGCUCAGGCUCUGAGGAUUAUCGCAACAGAUUCAGCAGUGAGUGCUUCAUGGACCUAGUGUGCCCUGAAAAGUGCCGCUGUGAGGGCACCAUUGUGGACUGCUCCAACCAGAAGCUAGCCCGCAUCCCAAGCCACCUCCCUGAAUAUACCACUGACUUGCGACUGAACGACAAUGACAUCUCUGUGCUGGAGGCCACUGGGAUCUUCAAGAAGCUGCCCAACCUGCGGAAAAUAAACCUGAGCAAUAAUAGGAUCAAGGAAGUGCGGGAGGGUGCCUUCGAUGGAGCGGCCGGCGUGCAGGAGCUGAUGCUGACGGGGAACCAGCUGGAGACCAUGCACGGACGCAUGUUCCGGGGCCUCAGUAGCCUCAAGACGCUGAUGUUGCGGAGCAACCUGAUCAGCUGCGUAAGCAACGAUACCUUUGCUGGCUUAAGUUCUGUGAGACUGCUGUCUCUCUAUGACAACCGAAUCACCACCAUCACCCCUGGAGCCUUCACCACACUUGUCUCCCUGUCCACCAUAAACCUCCUGUCUAACCCUUUCAACUGCAACUGCCACAUGGCGUGGCUCGGCCGCUGGCUGAGGAAACGCCGCAUCGUCAGCGGGAACCCCAGAUGCCAGAAGCCCUUUUUCCUCAAGGAGAUUCCCAUCCAAGACGUGGCCAUCCAGGACUUUACCUGCGACGGCAAUGAGGAGAGCAGCUGCCAGCUGAGUCCACGCUGCCCUGAGCAGUGCACCUGUGUGGAGACGGUGGUCCGAUGCAGCAACAGGGGUCUCCAUGCCCUCCCCAAAGGCAUGCCAAAGGAUGUGACUGAACUGUACCUGGAAGGAAACCAUUUAACAGCAGUGCCCAAAGAGUUGUCUGCCUUCCGACAGCUGACCCUUAUUGACCUGAGCAACAACAGCAUCAGCAUGCUGACCAAUCACACCUUCAGCAACAUGUCCCACCUCUCCACGCUGAUCCUGAGCUACAACCGGCUGAGAUGCAUCCCUGUCCAUGCCUUCAACGGGCUAAGAUCCCUCCGAGUGCUGACCCUCCAUGGAAAUGACAUUUCCAGUGUUCCUGAAGGCUCCUUCAAUGAUCUGACAUCCCUUUCCCACCUGGCCCUGGGAACCAACCCUCUCCACUGUGACUGCAGUCUGCGUUGGUUAUCAGAGUGGGUAAAGGCUGGAUACAAGGAGCCUGGCAUUGCCAGAUGCAGCAGCCCCGAGUCCAUGGCAGACAGACUCCUGCUCACCACCCCCACUCACCGGUUCCAGUGCAAAGGGCCAGUGGACAUUAACAUCGUGGCCAAGUGCAACGCCUGCCUCUCUAGCCCGUGCAAGAACAACGGCACUUGCAGUCAGGAUCCCGUGGAGCAGUACCGCUGCACCUGCCCCUACAGCUACAAGGGCAAGGACUGCACCGUACCCAUCAACACCUGCGUCCAGAACCCCUGUGAGCACGGAGGCACCUGCCACCUCAGUGAGAACCUCAGAGAUGGAUUCAGCUGCUCCUGCCCUCUGGGCUUUGAGGGACAGCGAUGUGAGAUCAACCCAGAUGACUGUGAGGAUAACGACUGUGAAAACAGUGCCACCUGUGUGGAUGGGAUCAACAACUACGCAUGCCUGUGCCCGCCGAACUACACAGGGGAGCUGUGUGAUGAGGUGAUUGACUACUGUGUGCCCGAGAUGAACCUCUGUCAGCACGAGGCCAAGUGCAUCUCCCUGGACAAAGGAUUCAGGUGCGAAUGUGUCCCUGGCUACAGUGGAAAGCUGUGUGAGACAAACAACGAUGACUGUGUGGCUCACAAGUGUCGCCAUGGAGCCCAGUGUGUGGACGAGGUCAAUGGCUACACAUGCAUCUGCCCCCAGGGCUUCAGUGGGCUCUUCUGUGAGCAUCCCCCACCCAUGGUUCUGCUACAAACCAGCCCCUGCGACCAGUACGAGUGCCAGAAUGGGGCGCAGUGCAUUGUGGUACAGCAGGAGCCCACUUGCCGCUGUCCCCCAGGCUUUGCUGGACCCAGGUGUGAGAAGCUCAUCACUGUGAACUUCGUGGGCAAGGACUCUUAUGUGGAACUGGCCUCCGCCAAGGUCCGGCCCCAGGCCAACAUCUCCCUGCAGGUGGCGACUGACAAGGACAAUGGCAUCCUUCUUUACAAGGGAGACAAUGACCCCUUGGCACUGGAGCUGUACCAGGGCCACGUGAGGCUGGUGUAUGACAGCCUGAGCUCCCCUCCAACCACGGUGUACAGUGUGGAGACGGUGAAUGAUGGCCAGUUUCACAGUGUGGAGCUGGUGAUGCUAAACCAGACCCUGAACCUGGUGGUAGACAAAGGAGCUCCCAAGAGCCUGGGGAAGCUGCAGAAGCAACCAGCAGUGGGCAGCAACAGCCCCCUCUACCUUGGAGGCAUCCCCACCUCUACGGGCCUCUCAGCCUUACGCCAGGGUGCAGACAGGCCGCUGGGCGGCUUCCACGGCUGCAUCCACGAGGUGCGCAUCAACAACGAGUUGCAGGAUUUCAAGGCCCUCCCCCCACAGUCCCUGGGGGUCUCUCCUGGCUGCAAAUCCUGCACUGUGUGUCGUCAUGGCCUGUGUCGCUCCGUGGAGAAGGACAGCGUAGUGUGUGAGUGCCACCCGGGAUGGACCGGUCCGCUAUGUGAUCAGGAAGCUCGGGACCCCUGCCUUGGUCACAGCUGCAGGCACGGGACAUGCAUGGCGACUGGGGACUCCUACGUGUGCAAGUGUGCCGAGGGCUACGGAGGGGCUUUGUGUGACCAGAAGAAUGACUCUGCCAGUGCCUGCUCAGCCUUCAAGUGCCACCAUGGGCAGUGUCACAUCUCAGAUCGAGGGGAGCCCUAUUGCCUAUGCCAGCCUGGCUUCAGUGGCCAUCACUGUGAGCAAGAGAAUCCAUGUAUGGGGGAGAUAGUCCGUGAAGCCAUCCGCCGCCAGAAAGACUACGCCUCUUGUGCCACGGCGUCCAAGGUGCCCAUCAUGGAAUGCCGCGGGGGCUGCGGGAGCCAGUGCUGCCAGCCGAUUCGAAGCAAGCGGCGGAAAUAUGUCUUCCAGUGCACGGACGGCUCCUCAUUCGUGGAAGAGGUGGAGAGACACUUGGAAUGUGGCUGCCGCGCGUGUUCCUGAGCCCCCCUCUGCCACCCACCCAUCCUCCGCCUUGCGGACCCCAGCUCAUUGGGCUGAGGAACAGCCACAUGGAACCUCUUUGAGAUUCAGAACGAAGGAGAGAAAUCUGGAGAGCAAGAGGCAAAAGAGAGAAUAUUAAGUAUAUUGUAAAAUAAACAAAAAUAGAACUUAUUUUUAUUAUGGAAAGUGACUAUUUUCAUCUUUUAUUAUAUAAAUAUAUCACACCGUCUGAGUAUAUGGACUAUACAGUGAGUUAUUUUUACCAAGUUUUGUUUUGUGUUGUGUAUUUGUUGUGUUUUUAUAAACAGCUGUUUAUAAAAUUUUAAGACAAAGAAAAAACACUAAUAAAAAUGUUUUAAACACAA